GUUGAACGUAUAUCACGUGACCGAAAAGUCUCCUAUAUCCCAUCAUCCUUUACAUACUUCCGCCUUUUUCCGGAAACCAAAAUGUCUAAGAGAGGACGUGGUGGUUCGUCUGGAGCGAAGUUUCGCAUCUCUCUUGGGUUGCCAGUUGGUGCAGUCAUAAACUGUGCUGACAACACAGGUGCGAAGAACUUGUAUAUAAUUUCUGUGAAGGGAAUCAAAGGCCGUCUGAACAGACUUCCAGCUGCCGGAGUGGGUGACAUGGUGAUGGCAACAGUCAAAAAAGGCAAGCCAGAACUAAGGAAGAAGGUGCAUCCUGCAGUUGUUAUAAGACAGAGAAAAUCGUAUCGGAGGAAAGACGGGGUGUUCCUUUACUUUGAAGAUAAUGCAGGUGUAAUUGUAAAUAACAAAGGUGAAAUGAAAGGUUCAGCUAUCACAGGUCCAGUUGCCAAGGAGUGUGCAGAUCUGUGGCCCAGGAUUGCCUCCAAUGCUGGCAGCAUUGCUUGAAUGGAGCACUUUCAUUUU